AAACAUUAAUUUACAUAUUAAUUUAAGCUUCCGAUGGUUGGGUUUAAGGCAGUUUGAAAGGUGGUCGAUUUUAGAAGACCUGGCAACCACAUACGAAGCCGACCAAUCACAUAUACCGAUGAGGUGAGGAAAACGUGUAGAAUUCCCAGAGAAUAAGUUUACGCGGAGCCGGCUGGGACGGACGCGUCGUGAGUGCGUCGUGGGCAAUAGUCGCAACUCUUUCCGCAGUACUCGGUACUGGAGAGCGGGCCGAUAUAUAUGUUGCGUCUUCAAGACGGAUAAAGAGCAGACGUAGCGUCCGAAGCUGAUCUGUUGUGUUAUGAUUAACAAUCGGGGGGUCGUGGGUUGUACCGCUUAGACGCGCACAGUUGCCCCAGGCCGAUAAUGCCUCGGCGGGCGCUUUUGGGGCAUCUACUGCGCUUGGCGGCUUUGUGGCUGCCAGCCCCCGCACUGUGUGCCAGUCCUGCGCCCAGCCCGUCCCGAACUUUAGUGUGGGGCCUCGGACUCGAAACCCACGCCGUGCUCCCUGUCCGUUUCUUCUUCAUACAAGCCGUGGACAAGGCCGGGGUUAAUUUCACGACCUCACCGGGAGAGAACACCUUUGAGGUGAAGGUCGUGUCACCCUCUGAACCCUUCUCCAGGAUCUGGGUGCAGCUGCUAGAUCGUCACGAUGGCUCCUUUCUGGUGCGUUACCGCAUGUACGCCAGCUACACAGACCUGAACAUUCAUGUCCUACUGAGGAACAAGCCUGUGGCCAAAUCUCCGUACAUUCUCACAGGCUCAGUGUACCAUGAGUCAUGUGACUGUCCCGAGUCCAAUGGUGCAUUAUGGGAGAAGUACAUGCGCUGUCCCUCUUCCUUCGCUCAGAUCCAGCAUGAUCUGUCUGUCUUCACAAGGGUGGACCUGGACCGCAAUGCCGAGGAGAUUCCUGUACGCUUUGGCCAGAGACAGAGUUUGUGUCACUACACCAUUAAGAACAACCAGGUCUACAUCAAAACGUAUGGAGAACACGUCGGCUUCAGGAUCUUCAUGGAUGCCUUUCUUCUCUCUCUCACACGAAAAGUCACACUUCCAGAUAUCGAGUUCUUUGUGAACUUGGGUGAUUGGCCUCUGGAGAAGAGGCGGGCCCCAGGGAAGCUCCACCCCAUCUUUUCCUGGUGUGGGUCCAAUGACACACGAGAUAUUGUUAUGCCGACCUAUGACCUUACAGAAUCUGUGCUGGAGACUAUGGGCCGAGUGAGUUUGGACAUGAUGUCAGUGCAGGGCAACACGGGUCCCCCCUGGGCUGAGAAGAACAGCACCGGCUUCUGGCGGGGCCGUGACAGCAGGCGGGAGCGCCUGGAACUGGUGAAGAUGGCCCGGGCCAAUCCCACGCUGAUGGAUGCUGCCUUCACCAACUUCUUCUUCUUCAAACACGACGAGAGCCUUUACGGACCGCUCGUCAAACACGUGUCCUUCUUUGAUUUCUUCAAGUAUAAGUACCAGAUAAACGUUGAUGGGACGGUGGCGGCGUACCGACUGCCCUACCUGCUUGCUGGGGACAGUGUGGUACUGAAGCAAGAAUCCAUCUACUAUGAACACUUCUACGCUGCGCUCCAGCCCUGGGUGCACUACAUCCCUCUUAAAGCGGAUCUCAGUGACCUCUUGGAGAAAAUCCAGUGGGCAAAAGACCAUGACGAAGAGGCCUUGGAAAUCGCCAGGGCUGGCCAGAUGUUCGCACGCACCCACCUGAUGGGUGACAGCAUAUUCUGCUACUAUUUCAAACUUUUCCAGGAGUAUGCAAAGCUGCAGGUCACCGAGCCUAAAGUUCGCGUUGGCAUGGAGAGGGUGGAGCAGCCUAAGGACGACCUUUUCCCAUGUUACUGCCAUAGAACCAAGGUCAAAGAUGAGCUUUGAUUGUCCACACAUGGGAUCCUCAAAUCACUGGCACACUGUUCCGAUGGAACUGCAUUAUAAAACAUUCCUGAGGACUCAUCUUUGCUUGGUUGCUACAAACACUUUGUUAAACACUUUGAUUAAUGUUUUGACUGUCUUUGUCUAUUUUCAAUAUUUAUAAAAUAUGCUUUCAUUUUUUUUUAAUCUUGAAAUUAAAUAGAAACAUUUAUAAACCUGU